CACAGCCUCCACUCGGCAGCCUGGAGCUGCGGUGACAGUCGGUGCUGAAGGUUUUCAUUGUUGUUUACUUGUCACUGCCUCGUGUCCUGGGGACUAAAGCAUCUGCAGCCUGAGUGGGGCAAACUAGGAGGGUGGUUCAGACGGGACGUGGGGUAGUUACCCGCGACUUGCGGGGUCCGGGCGGGGUGCCGCCCACCCAGCUCCUCCCGAUCCCUCUCUCCCAGUAACAGUUGAAAGGGGAACCAGCUCUUACCUAACUGGAGAGAGCCUCAAGAGGAAAUCCUCUAUUAAACAGAGACAUUAUAAUUCAAACCACCAUCGCUAAUUUGGAUCAAAAACACCCUAAUGGAUGGGAGCAACCGUGGUCUUGGCAAACCCAGAAGCAUGGCUGAGUAGCGCAUUUAGAAAAGGGAAUUGUUACUAGCUGAGUAAAAGAGAUUACAUAUGAGGACAAUUUACUAAAACAUCAAGCUAUGCCGAAAAACUCCAAGAAGAACAAUAAUUCAAGAGUUUCUGGCAUAGAAUUAAACUCUGUGGAUGCUAAGAAGAAAAAACAUGAGAGUCAAAACAACUUUGUUGAAAUGCUGCCUCGAGAAAUCACCAUACAAAUUUUCAGUGUGCUAGACCUUGGGAGUUUGUGCACGGCUUUAUUGGUAUGCAAGAGCUGGUAUGAUGUAAUAAAAAACAGUGACUCCUGCCUAUGGAAACCUCAGUGCUUGAUUAUAAGAGCUGUGUGCCCAAGAGACAUAGAUAACGAUCUAAAAAGUGGUUUUUCCUGGAGGGUAACACUGGAGAGAAAUUACUGGAAGAGUAAAGUGAAACAUGAAUGGCUAAGUGGCAAAUACAGUAACAUAUGUUCUUCCAUUAGCCUACCAGAAAAAAGUAUGUACCCAAUGGAUGCAGAUACAUGGGGAGAAAUUCUAGAAGCAGAACUGGAAAGAUAAGCAGAAAAAUCGCAAACAGUAAGGUUUGUGAUUUCAAGCACCUCCCAUGUGCAACUGAAA